GCCCAUGCCUCCUCCCAGGACGCCAGCUCUCCCCAGUCCUGCAGCGCCGACGCGUGCCGCCUGAGGACGCUGUGGCGGGAGGCCGGUACUUGGAGCAAACGACCAAGGCCCGCCUCUUCCGGCGUUCUCUGGGCCGUUUUUCCCAGCAUUCCCGGCGAGGCCCCGGCUUUUGAGGUCACCUUUCCAAGCCUUUGGCCUAACGCUGAUCUCUGCUGCAGACCCAGACUACCGCGCGCGGCCCUUUGCAGAAACCAGCCACGAUGUUACAGAGCCUUAUAAAAAAUGUUUGGACUCCAAUGAAACCCUACUAUACCAAGGUUUACCAGGAAAUCUGGGUAGGAGUGGGUGUCAUGUGGUAUAUUAUUUACAAGAUCAGAAGUGCUGAUAAAAAAAGCAAAGCCUUGAAAGCUUCAGGUACACCGGCUCAUGGACAUCAUUAACAGGAUUUAUUUUAUGAUAAGUGAAACAUCAAGCUGGCUGUAAAUUUGAGCAUUUCAUGAUAGAAGAAAGAAUACAAGGACUUCCCAUCUUAACUUUUAGGCAUUUGUUCAUACUAUGAAAUAAAGUCACAUACACAUAUUUACAUGGUAAUUACUGUGUUCCAAUCCAAUUAAAAUAGCCUUUUUUUGUUUA